GUCACAUCCGUCUCUCCCAGAGGGACUUUUGUCUGCCGGCAUUUUCUUUUUGUUUUGGCCGAUUCCUCGGUGUCCACCCCUGAGACUAAUCCUCUGAGUUUUGUUUGAGAGGCGUAAGGGAUCCAGAAAGAAGUCGGAUUUCUCCCCCCCCCCCACACGCUUCUCUGCUACACCAUGCCCGGGUUUUCAGACCGAGAUCGUGGCAGAGACAGAGGGUACGGUGGAGGACCCCCUCGUUUUGGCGGCGGCGGCGGAGGAGGCAGUAGGGGCGGACCCCCCCCUGGAAAGUUUGGAAACCCUGGCGAGAGGUUGCGGAAAAAACACUGGAACCUUGAUGAACUUCCAAAGUUUCAGAAGAACUUCUACCAGGAGCAUCCCGAUGGAGCUCGUAGAUCACUUCAAGAGGUUGAACAGUACCGGAGAAGCAAAGAGGUGACUGUCAAAGGCAGAGAUUGUCCCAAACCAAUUAUCAAAUUCCAUGAAGCUGAAUUUCCAAGCUACGUUAUGGACGUCAUCAACAAACAAAACUGGACUGAUCCAACUCCCAUUCAGUCUCAGGGCUGGCCCGUCGCCCUGAGUGGGAAAGACAUGGUUGGCAUCGCUCAAACGGGGUCUGGGAAAACCCUCGCAUAUCUUUUGCCUGCUAUUGUGCACAUCCAACACCAGCCAUUCUUGGAGCAUGGAGAUGGACCAAUCUGCUUGGUGCUGGCACCGACCCGUGAGUUGGCUCAGCAGGUGCAACAGGUGGCUGCUGAGUACGGCAGGGUCUCCCGUCUCAAGAGCACCUGCAUCUAUGGGGGUGCACCCAAAGGACCUCAAAUCAGGGACCUUGAGAGGGGAGUUGAGAUUUGCAUUGCGACCCCAGGUCGUCUCAUUGACUACCUGGAGUGUGGUAAGACUAAUUUGCGCCGUUGCACCUACCUGGUGCUGGAUGAAGCAGACCGCAUGCUGGACAUGGGAUUUGAACCUCAGAUCCGCAAAAUCGUGGAUCAAAUUCGGCCAGACCGUCAGACCCUGAUGUGGAGUGCCACCUGGCCUAAGGAAGUCCGGCAGCUGGCUGAGGACUUCCUGAAGGAAUACGUCCAGAUCAACAUCGGCGCGCUGCAGCUCAGUGCCAACCACAACAUCCUGCAGAUUGUAGACGUCUGCAAUGACAUGGAGAAGGAAGACAAACUGAUCCGUUUGUUGGAGGAGAUAAUGAGCGAAAAGGAGAACAAGACCAUUAUUUUUGUGGAGACCAAAAGGCGUUGUGAUGAGCUCACCAGGAGGAUGAGAAGAGACGGGUGGCCGGCAAUGGGGAUUCAUGGAGACAAGAGCCAGCAGGAGAGGGACUGGGUCCUUAAUGAGUUCAGGUAUGGCAAAGCUCCAAUCCUCAUCGCGACAGAUGUGGCCUCCCGUGGAUUGGAUGUGGAGGAUGUGAAAUUUGUCAUCAAUUAUGACUACCCUAACUCCUCCGAGGAUUAUAUCCACCGCAUUGGACGCACAGCCCGCAGUCAAAAAACGGGCACAGCCUACACCUUCUUCACCCCCAACAACAUGAAACAAGCCAGCGACCUGAUCUCUGUGCUCCGCGAGGCCAACCAGGCCAUUAACCCCAAACUCAUCCAGAUGGCAGAGGACAGAGGAGGUCGUGGAAGGGGGGGAAGAGGAGGCUACAAGGAUGAUCGUCGGGAUAGGUAUUCUGGGGGUGGGAGGAGCAGCUUUGGUGGUGGUAGCUACAGGGAUAGGGACGGUGAUAGAGGGUUUGGCGGGGGGCCCAAGAGUGCCUUUGGCGGCAACAAGGCUCAAAACGGUGGCAGCUAUGGGGGUAACAGCGGUAACUCUAGUGGUAGCUAUGGCAACAACAAUUAUAAUAACAGCAACGGACAGGGUAAUUUUGGUGGUCCGCCAAACCAGGUGGGUGCCUUUGGUAACCAAAGCUUUCAGGGGCCCCCUCAGUUCGGGGCCAUGCAGAGGGCCGCUCAGAAUGGUAUGAACCACCCUCCAUUCCCGUUCAGCUCGCAGCCGCCACCACAGGCCCAACAGCCACCACCCCCUCCGCCAAUGGUGCCCUACCCCAUGCCGCCACCUUUCCAACAGUAGAUCAUAUUCGCACAAUAAAUGGAACCAACAUGAUUUUUGUUCAGUCCUGAAAUCUUACAGGAUGAUGAUGAUUAUUCUUAUUAUCCUUUGUACUGUUUAACUUUGUUUUGCUUACAGCAGGGUUGGAAUUAUUCAAUACACCCAGAGCAUUAUUUGACUAUAGUGCAACUUUGAUUGCGGCACUUUUCCUUGACUGUUUUUUUUUUUGUUACAUUCCUCAGUAACUUAUUUUUACUAGGUAAUGCAGUGUUUUCAGUUUGUGGUAUGUUUAAAGUGAUAUAAUGAGGAUCGUAUAAAAAAGGGUACGUGUUGGCCCUUUUAAAUAAAAAUAAGAAAAUGGGA